UGAAUCAGGAAGUUCAGGAACUGAAUAACGACCUUAAUCACAAUAAGUGCUGAUUUGAACUGCUGGAUAUUCAGAAACUCUGAGAGUUUAAAUGGACAGUUCUGACUCUCAGAGAAAAAGAAAGAGAAAUAAAGGUGUUGAACAGAAGGAAGAAAAUGACUGAGUCUUCAUCAGAACAACCAAGAGAAGGGAGAAGAAGGAACAUGGAGAAACCACCUGUGUUUGCUCCUGACUCCAGUGGUCUCCUGUCUGAAGAUCAGUUCCUGUGUUCUAUCUGUCUGGAUGUGUUCACUGAUCCAGUCUCCACUCCAUGUGGACACAACUUCUGCAUGAAAUGUAUUAGAACAUGCUGGGGUGACAGUGAGCAGUGUCACUGUCCAUUCUGUAAAGAGAAAUUUACCAAGAGACCAGAACUCAAGGUCAAUACAGCAUUCAGAGAGGUUGUAGAUCUCUUCAAGAAGAAAACUGUUCUAGAUAAACCUGAGGUUCUUUGUGAUGCCUGCAUCGGAGUGAAGCAGAAAGCUCUGAAAUCCUGUCUGGAUUGUGGUCUCACUUUCUGUAAGUCUCAUCUAGAGCCUCAUGAUCAUAUUCCAAAACUUAAGAAACACAGACUAAUAAACCCAUUGGAGAACCUGCAGGACUACAUAUGCCAGAGGCAUGAGAGACCCUUGGAGCUGUUCUGUAGAGAUGACCAGAAUUAUGUCUGUCAGUUCUGCACUGAAGGAGAUCACAAGAACCACAACACUGUUCUUAUAGAGGAGGAGAGUGGAGAGAAAAAGUCACAGCUGGAGAAGACACAGACAGAGGUACAGCUGAUGAUCCAAGACAGACUGAAGAAGAUCAAAGACAUCAAACAGUCAGAAGAGCUCAGAAAAAGAAACACAGAGAAAGAGAAAGCAGACAGUGCUGAACUCUUCACUGCUCUGAUCCGCUCCAUUGAGAGAAGCCAGGCUGAGCUGGUAAAGACGAUGGAGGAGAAGCAGAAAGCAGCAGAGAGGAAGGCUGAAGACCUCAUUAAAGAGCUGGAGCAGGAAAUCACUGAGCUAAAGAGGAGAGACUCUGAGCUGGAGCAGCUCUCCCACACUGAGGACCACCUCCACCUCCUACAGAUUUACCCAUCACUGUGCAGACCUCCACACACCAAGAACUGGACUGACAUCAGUAUUGACCAUCAUCUGAGUGUAGAGACUGUGAGGAACGCUCUGUCUCAACUUCAGAAGAGUCUGAAUGAGAGACUCACUGAAACCAUUAAUGAGAAAAUCAGAGAAUCAGUCUCAACAGAACUGAAGAGGAUUCAGCAGUUUGCAGUGGAUGUGACUCUGGAUGCUGAUACAGCUCAUCCCAAACUCAUCCUGUCCGAUGAUGGAAAACAAGUGACACAUGGAGACACAAAACAGAAUCUUCCUGACAAUCCAAAGAGAUUCACCUACCAUGCCAUGAUCUUGGGAAAGGAGGGAUUCUCCUCAGGGAGAUUUUACUUUGAGGUGCAGGUUAGUGGGAAGACUGAGUGGGAUUUAGGAGUGGCCAGGGAGUCCAUUAACAGAAAGGGGAAGAUUACAUUGGCCCCAGAGAAUGGAUUCUGGACUGUGAUUCUGAGGAAUGGGAAUGAGUAUAAGGCUUGUGCUGAUACACCAGUCCAUCUCUCCCUGAGAAAGAAGCUCCAGAAGGUGGGGGUGUUUGUGGAUUAUGAGGAGGGUCUGGUCUCCUUUUAUGAUGUGGAGUCCAGAUCUCAUAUCUACUCUUUCACUGGUCAGUCUUUCACUGAGAAACUCUAUCCUUACUUUGACCCCUGUGCUAAUGAUGGAGGUAAAAACUCAGCUCCACUGAUCAUCUCACCUGUAUUAAAGACUGAAAAGAUUUUGUACAGUAAUUGCAACAGGAACAAUAGGAAGAAAUAGAUUUAAUUAUUUAUGAUUUAUUUGAUGCAAAGACAGAUCAUGAGUGUGGUGUAGUGAUGUGAAAUAAUUUCAUAAAUGAUCUUAAUUUUCUCUUUAAAACCACAUAUUGGUGUAGAGUUCCCACAGCAGUCCAGUAUCCAGUAGUUCAGAAGAUCAUAACCUCCAAUCUGAAAGAUGGUUAAAAUGCUCAGAUGAUUGGUUAUUUUAAGUAAUCUGGUUGUUUUAAAAGUUUGAGAUCAAUGAAAGUAAAACAGCAAAAAAAUACAAAUUCAAUACAAAAAAAUCUGAGUUAACUUUAUAAAAGAGAAAAUGGUAUAAUAACAAACAGUCUACUUUUAUUUUUGUACAGUGUAACUCACAAACACUGCAACUCCUGAGUUAAACUGACUUUAAUUAGUGCAGUGCUGCCACAUAUUACAUGAGAGAGUUUAGUUAAUCUUAAUCUUACAUAUACAGUGUCAAAUACUGGUGUAUUGUUGUAGAGCAAUGUGUUUUCUAUUGUUAUUAUAAUAUUUUGGGAAUCAUGACAUUGCACUUAAUAAACAUAAUAAAGAACUCUCAAAUAUAUCAGAAAUAUUAUUUCAGUAAUUAUUGAAAAUGAAGAGCAUGUAGUAACAGGAAU